CGAGCCCUAAGAAGUCAGUCACAUCGGCCCUUCCAAGCCAUCCAAGUAGCUACUAAGACACUUCACCAAAAAGGAUAUUACAAAAAACGAAAUAAAUAUUUCGAAAAAAUGCAUUUAAUGAAGGGAUUACUUGUGAUUGCCUGCCUGGCUGCGUUCGCCAAUGCCAAGCCCCAGAACUUCCAGGUCUUUGGCCGCCAGCGGGAUGAGCCCGUCGCCCAAGGACGUCUGAGCUCCACCCAGCUGACCGAUCUGAUCAACAGCCUGAAGGGCAGCAGCUCCAGCAGCACCACCGCCGCCCCUACCACUACCACCACUGUUCCAACCACCACCACCGUGACGACCUCGCCCACCGGCCCAACCACCUCCACGGGCACCUCGACCUCAACCACCACCCCCGCCACCGGCUCCACCGGCUCCACCGGCUCCAGCCGCGCCUUCAACGACGACGAUGCUGAGGACGAUGACGAGGAUCAGGAGCACCAUGUGGCCGGACACUUCCAGGAGAACGACGACGAGGAGGAGCAGGAGGUGCAGGAAGCCGUCUACCAGCAGGCCGCCCGCUCCCAGUCUAACCGCCGCCGUCAGCUGGUGAAGGCCCGCCGUCAGCGCCAGCGCAUGCAGCAGCGCUUCCGUCGCCGUCAGCAGCAGCAGAAGCGUCGCCGCCAGCAGCAGCAGCAGAAGCGCCGCCAGCAGCAGAAGCGUCGCCAGCAGCAGCGCCGCCGCCGCCAGCAGCAGCAGAAGCGUCGCCAGCGCCGCAACCGCCGCCAGAACAUGCGCCUGGUCCGCCGCUUCCGUCAGGCCACGCCCAACAGGAACCGCUCCAUCCGCAUUGCCGCCUAAAAAGGACUCGACGAUUACCCC